UUUUUGCGUCAGGCGGAUCUUUUUUGCGUUAACUAGUGUUGUUUCUGCGUCAACUGCGACAGAAAAUUGACAAAAUUGAAAAAUUAAUGAAAUUAACAAAUUAAUUCAGGAAAAUUUAAAGAUGCCGCAACAGAGACGCAAACUUGCUUUUAGCGGUAAAAAGAAGAAGGAUCAAAUACUACAAAAACGCUGUGCAAAAGGGCACUCCAAAUACUUGCGCAGCAAUCAAGAAUCGAACGAAGAUAGCGAUGCUCCAGAGAAAAGAGUUGAUCACAAGCUCAUGGAGCAGCCUGUAACACGCGGUGGUCGCAACAAGAACUUAAACCGUUACAAUCUUCAAUUCAUACAUGAAAGCAAAAAGGAUAUAGAAGAAAUGAAACAAGAGGGCUUCAGCCUACUCGAAAUCAUAACACCCACUCAAAGGGAGAUCGAUGCACGAUAUUUUGAGAAUUAUGAUUUUCCAGUGCGUCCACCUUGGACAUUUGAUCAAAGCAAAGAGCAAUUGGAUCGUAAUGAACAUAGAUAUUUCAAGGAGUAUGUCGAUGAUCUGCUGCAAAAGCAGCGUAGCAAUCUCAAAGAACAUUCCAUUUUCGAGUUAAAUUUGGAAACCUGGCGUCAGCUUUGGCGUGUGCUAGAGUUCUCGGAUAUUUUGCUUAUCGUUGUAGACGUUCGAUAUGCAUCACUGAUGUUCCCACCAUCUCUAUAUGAUUAUAUUAUUCACACGUUAAAGAAACAUGCAAUUGUGAUCUUUAAUAAAGUGGAUUUAGUCGCUGCAGAGGCUGUCGUUGCCUGGCGACACUAUUUCAAGGAACAUUACCCGGAGCUUCCAGUUGUCCUGUUUGCAUCGUAUUUAGUGCGCAGCCAAAAAGGCGUUCAACGUAGUCGGUAUCAGCGUGCUCAUCGGCAAAGUAUGGAUGGAGUGCAUAAUAUUUAUCGGGAGUGUCAAAACAUUGUUCAAAGCGAUGUAGAUCUCUCGGCAUGGCAGCAAAAGAUUCGUGAUGAUAUGAGCACUGACCAGUUUGACGUUGAAGACGCAAUUACAAAGAGCCAAGCUGAAGGAGAGUUGAAAAUUAUUAAUGCCACCGAGACCACACCUCAUCAGCAUGUGAAAUACAACAACGGCGUUUUGACCAUUGGAUGCCUGGGCUUUCCAAAUGUGGGCAAAUCAUCGCUCAUCAAUGCCUUAAAAGGACGUAAGGUUGUCAGCGUUAGUCGUACACCAGGCCACACCAAACAUUUCCAAACCAUAUUUCUGGUACAGAAUGUACGCGUUUGCGACUGUCCGGGUCUGGUCUUUCCGUCUAGCACGCCAAAGAGCUUGCAAGUGCUGCUUGGCAGUUUCCCCAUCUCACAGUUACAAGUGCCUUAUCGUUCGCUCAAGUUGCUGGCUGAGCAUGUGAGUCUGCCACAGCUUCUUCGCUUACAUCUGCCAGAGGAGUAUGACGAGUGGUCAGCUGUGGCAGUUGCGGAUGCCUGGGCGUAUAAACGAGGAUUUCUAACAGCCAAGGCUGCUCGCCCUGAUCGUUAUCGUGCCGCUAACCACAUUUUGCGCAUGUGUCUGUCCGGACAACAACAGCUAAUAUUUCAGUUUUAUCCCCCUGGCUAUGAUGACAGCCGCAAUAGCUGGAGUCAACACUCCGAUGUGGCCGAGGUUAAGAAAUAUCAGCAAGUUUACAAUUAUGAGCCGGAUAGCGAGACUAAUGAAGACACAUCUUCCAUCUGCUCGGACAGUGGAGAUAGUUGUGACGAAGACAGCUCUAACGAUGAAACCAAUGCAGAUGAUGAUGAAUGCGAUGAUCAGAUACUGCGUUCACGAAACGCAUUUCGCCUGCUUGAAGAUAAUUAAGCUUAAGCAAUAGGUAAAGCCUGAUAACUUUAAUUUAUAUCAUUUUUGAUAUAGAAACAAAUAUAUUUUGGUAUCA